AUGAUGAGAAUGAAGACUGCUAAAACAACAGGGCUGUCACCGAUGAAUGGUGGCUCGGCCGGCGGCGGUGGUGGUCCUGGUGCUGGAGGUGAGUGGGAGGUUAGACCAGGAGGAAUGUUGGUACAGAAGAGAAACCCGGAUUCUGAUCGGAACUCUAUUCCUCCACCGACAAUUAGAGUCAAAGUUAAAUAUGGGUCAACGUCUCACGAAAUCAGUAUUAGCUCACAAGCUACCUUUGGGGAGUUGAAGAAAAUGCUGUCAGGGCCAACAGGAUUGCAUCACCAAGAUCAGAAGCUGAUUUACAAAGAUAAAGAGAGGGAUUCAAAGGCAUUUCUUGAUAAUUCUGGGGUUAAGGACAAGUCAAAAAUGGUGCUAGUCGAGGACCCGAUUAGUCAGGAGAAGAGGUUUCUUGAGAUGAGAAAGAGUGCCAAGAUGGAGAAGGCUUCAAAAUCCAUAUCAGAAAUCAGCUUGGAAGUUGACCGGCUUGCCGGCCAGGUUUCAGCUCUUGAAUCAGUAAUAACUAAAGGUGGGAAAGUAGCAGAGAAAACUGUGCUUAAUUUGAUUGAAACAUUGAUGAAUCAAUUGCUGAAAUUGGAUGGAAUCAUGGCCGAUGGCGAUGUCAAAUUACAAAGGAAAAUGCAGGUUAAAAGAGUGCAAAAGUAUGUUGAGACUCUCGAUGUGUUGAAGAUCAAGAAUUCCAUGCCCAAUGGUAAUGAAGAACAGAUCAAGAAUUCCAUGCCUAAUGGUAAUGGAAACCAUGCACCAAUGCAGCAGCAACACCACAAACAUUCAAAUGGACAGAAAUUAGCCCGAGUUCAAGAGAGGCAACCAAGGUAUACCAAUGGGCACGCACUAAUACCAAUUGAAGAAGAAGAGCCGCGACAGUCGUUCGAAGAUUUACCGAUCCAUCAACAGCAGCAGCAUUCAGCAUCAGGGCCAGUUGUCGUGACCACGCAAUGGGAAACAUUUGAUUCUACGCCAGCAAUAGCGCCGGCCCCAUCGACAUCUACAUCCUCCUCGGCCACCAAUAAUUCAGCCCAUCAACCUAAGUUCCCUUGGGAUUUCUUCAACUAA